AUGCAGUGGCGAGUUGAGUCAAGCCAAGAUGGCUGGCGAGUUCUUCCCUCAGAUUUCAGUGGCUGCACGAAGAUCUUUCUGGAUGUCGGUUGUGCUUCUACGCAGCCAGUCGGUCUGUGGAUUUUCCUUCGUGCUAAGUUCCUACGCUUGUGGGGGCAGCGCCUUCAUGAGAUCGAGCAUGCCUACAAUGCGAAGGGAUGGCGCGUGAAGUUGUACAAUGUUGCCGUGGGAGUUCAGCCUGGCAGCAUAGUCUUCUACAAGAACGACCCAAAGGGCCUCAACAGCGAUUGGGGUUUCAGUGCUUUUGCACUGGCAAACUUCGUGCCCGGAGCGAACAAAACGCUGACAGUCCCUGUUGUUGACUUUCCUCUAUUUCUGCAAGACCUGGACAGGCAUGCGCCUCCUGGCCAAAGGCUUAUGAAGCUGGACAUCGAAGGGAGUGAGUACCAGCUUCUGCCAGCAAUGAUUGGCAAACAGCUGCUGUGCGCAAGAGUCCUGAACACUGUCACCAUGGAGUGGCAUAACAGGAAGAACAAACGCGGAGAGCAGAGGAUGAACGUUACGGCUGAUGUUCGUGGCAUGUUUGAAGAGGUGGAAUAUACAGUGAUGAAAGGCCGAUCCUGCAAAGACGGGCCGGCGACUAACAUCAAACUGUUCGAUGUCGAAGACUACCUCUCAGAUGGUCAGCCUUUGCCAUAA